UUAGUAUUUUUUCCCCGCUCCCUGUUUCUCUCCUUCCUCUUGUGGGCGCCUGCUCUUUCGUAGGAUCCCCCAGAGCUAGAACAACCGCAGCCGCGGCCCAGGACGAGCUGGCUUCGGUGGUGGUGGUGGUGGUGGUGUUGCUGCGGUGCGUCUUCGCCUGUCUUCCUUUUGGCAUGGGAAGCAGCUGCGGGAUCUAGCUGGAGGAGCCUCUGAUUCUGCAGCCAAGUUUCUGCUCUGGGAACGCGCUUUUUGGCAAGCGCUCCUCCUCGCCCGGGUCGCUCUCCCUUCCCUUCUCUCUGCUUCUGGGUGGAGGCGCGCUCCCAACGCAACCGCAAUCACGUUAACUUCCCAGAGGUCCGGGGUCUCCUGCGGAGCCAGCAGUAACACAAGAAACUGAAAUCGGCAAGCAGAAAUGGUCCUGACAUGAUAGUUCCGCACUGGAAGAAGCACCACCUAAUUACGUAUGUGUGAAAGGCACAAGAGGCCUGCAAGAAAAAGAAGGAAAGAUGGCAACCCUGUUUAUUAAAAUCUCACACGUCCUUGCAUUACCUUGAGAGGAGCCGAACCGGUCGGAUCAUGGAAUUGUUGUCCACUCCACACAGCAUUGAGAUCAACAACAUCACAUGUGACUCAUUUCGGAUCUCCUGGGCCAUGGACGUUGGAGACUUGGACAGAGUCACCCACUAUUUCAUCGAUCUGAACAAGAAGGAGAACAAGAACUCCAAUAAAUUUAAACACCGGGACGUCCCUACCAAGCUGGUGGCCAAAGCAGUUGCGCUGCCCAUGACGGUGAGAGGGCACUGGUUCCUGAGUCCCAGGACGGAGUACAGCGUGGCAGUACAGACAGCAGUGAAGCAGAGUGACGGGGAGUAUCUUGUGUCUGGAUGGAGCGAGACUGUCGAAUUCUGCACAGGGGACUACGCUAAAGAGCAUUUGGCCCAGCUGCAGGAGAAAGCUGAACUCAUCUCCGGGAGGAUGCUCAGGUUCUCUGUCUUCUAUCGGAACCAUACCAAGGAAUAUUUCCAGCAUGUCAGGAUGCACAGUGGGAACGUCAUGAAACCCUACUUGAAGGACAACAGUGGCAGCCACGGCUCCCCCACGAGCGGUAUGUUACAUGGGAUCUUCUUCAGCUGCAACACGGAGUUCAACACGGGCCAGCCCCCCCAGGACUCGCCUUACGGCCGCUACCGCCUCCAAGUCCCCGCCCAGCGCCUCUUUGGCCCCAACACCAACCUCUACUUUGCGGACUUCUACUGCAUGUACACCGCCUACCACUACGUCGUCCUGGUGCUGGCACCCAAGGGCUCUCCGGGCGACCACUUCUGCCGGGACCGCCUGCCCCAGCUGGACAUUUCCUGCAACAAAUUCCUGACCUGCUGCAUGGAGGACGGCGAGCUCGUCUACCGCCAUGCCCAGGAUGCGAUCCUGGAGAUCAUCUACACUGAGCCGGUGGACCUCAGCCUAGGCGUGCUGGGGGAGAUCAGCGGCCAUCAGCUCAUGAGCCUUUCGACUGCUGACGCUAAGAAGGACCCCAGUUGCAAGACAUGCAACAUCAGCGUGGGGCGUUAGAGACUGGAGGGGGUGGCGUGGGGGGGAGGGGGAGGCGGGAAAGCAUGUAUGUGAGGGAGCUCUCCUCCCGAGGCCCCUGGCAAGGGGGGUGGCCCGCUGGGACCUGGGUCCCAGUAGGGGCCAAGAAAUGUGCAGCCCUCCUCACAUCCAUCCAUCUCUCUCUCUCUCUCAUUUUCUCUCUCUCUCUCUCUCUCUCUCUCUUGCAUGUUUCCUCAUCCCAUUGUAAAUAAGGUUCUUCACCAGGGAGAGAUGGAUCCAGGGCGGCUUUGUAGUGGAUGGUCCUGCUCCUGCAGCAACGGAGACAGGCACCUGCCAGUGAGUUAGACGUGAGAGGGGUUAGCCCUCCAUGUCCUGGGAUGUCUCUUUCUGAAGAGUGACCACGCGCCUCUUCGCCCCUCUCACUUUGGACAUUUCACUUUGCACACACAGCAUAUACUGGGAGGCUCUGGCCAGUGUGAUAAACAAUCCAGCUUCCUGAACAGGACUUCCUAAACAGAUCUUGUCUGCUUCUUUUCCUACCUCUUCCCUUUUAGCUGCCUCCCUUCUCUUUUUUUUGGGGGGGCUCCCUCCCUCCCUCCCUCCCUCCAGCCCUGCGCACGCACACACCCACACCUGCAGCAUUCUCUGCUCACUCAGGUGUGGUUUGGAAGGGUCUCUCCUCCUCCUGAGAAGGCUUGGGCUCAGCUAGCACGGAGCCACCUCCCCCAGGCAUCUGGCCACUUGCUCGCCUCUGCAGUCGGCACUGAAAAACCUGCAUGGGGAGUCCUGUGCUGGUGUCAUAGCUGUGACUCCUGCAGGGGGAAGAAAGUCGACAAGGACCCAGGAAAGAGAUCAAGUGGUCUUUUUCUUGGGAGCCGCUCUUCUCUCCUUUUCAUUUCCUCAGGGUGCCAUAGCCUGUUCCUUCAUAGCCUUUAUUAUUAUUAUUUUUUUUUAAAAGUAAAUAUUAGGGACGAAGAGGAGAAGUGGGGUGGGAGGGGAGGGAAACAGGUCCCAACAGGCCUGCUGGCAGCCUCGAGGAGGGAUGGGGUGCUGCUGCUGGGUGGCGGCGGCACAAAGGUGCCCAGCCUGCCUUCCCUGUCUGUCAUGCAGCCCAGCCUUGCUGGCGGCUCCGCUGAUCUGGGGUGGCAGAUAAAUCCAGGCUUUCCACUGUGGCCUGGGCUGCCUGCUGGGCGUGUGGGGAGGGAGGGGUGCACGCCACGUCUCGGCUGCAGUCGGAAGAACUGAGACCGUGAGUGGGACGCCCCCCUUUGGCCCAGUUGCAUGCCACUCUUCCUCUGACUUGAGCCCAAACCCCGAGGAUGCUGGUUUGCACAAUGGAAUGGCAGGGUGGGCAGGGAUGCCGAUUCUUGAGUGGAAAAACAUCUGGGAGGGUUAAAACUGCCAGACUGUUCUGCCUGACUACUCAAGCCUGCACAUGGCUUUCAGCUGGCAAAAAGAGAGUCUACUGGGAGACGGUUACAGGUGUUUGCCAUGUUAACACCUGUCUGCUCCUUAGGGACAGUGACUGAGCCAAGGCCAUCCAGCAAGUCUGUGUCAGAGAGCGGGAUUUGAGUAUAGGCCUCACUGACUUGCUCUGUACUGGUUUAACUCCAUCCUGGAUGUCGGAGACCGAGUGGUGGCAAAUCAGCUAUGGUGCCUGCAGCAGCUAAGAAGAACCGGGAUGGGAUGGUGCAGGGGAAGCUCAGCUUAGUCUGAAAGGUGUUGGUGAUUAAUUUCCAGCCGCUCCCCACCUCCAUUUAGUCUCAACGUGCCCAUUACUCCACUCCACCAUGAGGAACCUGCUCUGUUGAGACAGGCUAGACCUGCUUGCUGCAGCUGCUGCCCCCCCCCGCCCGAAUGCUCCAGGCUUGGCCUCCUCCUUCAUUAUAAGUGGUUUUGAUUUGUUUUGCUUUCCUUGUGCUCUGUGUGAAUAUUUUACCUGCCAAGGGAAUCUGCCUGCACACAGCCCCAUUUUUAUGCAGGGCGAGAGACAGGUGCUUGGAGCCAAGACAGGGCAAUGGCCUAGGGAGGGAGGAGGAUCGGUGCUUCCUUUCCCUGGGCUGGCACGUAAGAUGUGGCUCCUGGUUUUAAGGGAAUCCGUUGGGCAGAGUCCUGAGGCUCCUGGGAGGUGUAUCAAACAGAUUUCUUCCGUCCCAGAGGAGAUCUAAAAUUAAACAACAACAACACCAAACCCAUUUCUUGAGGGAUUUUCCAUGCCUCAAGAAAAUCAGCUCCAAACACAUACAGAUGAAUAAAAAGGCUGUAUUAUAGACAGCUAGUUUGAAGUGGAGAACACAGCACUUCUCUGUGGUUGGUUUGAAUCAGCAACAGACCUGAACAGUUUCUAUCCAGCAAGCCAAAUACCAGUCAGAGAUAGUGACCUGCCCAGAACUUGACAACCCUUCCCGUGUAUUUGCAGUCUCAGACAGGCAGCAAAAAGGAGGGCGGUUAUCAGGUGCUGUGUGGAUCACUCUUCAUGGCUGGUGAGUCAUGUUCAGCUCAGUGGAUCACAAGGUCUGCAGGCCUGGAUUGCAUUGUACUUUCCCAUUCUGGCUGGAUUUCGAACUGUGUCCUUUAGUACCCUGGGAUUGCUUGACAAAAAGAUCAGGAAUAGCAGACAAGUUUCCCUGAAUGACAGGUUGUCCAUUAGGACCAAUCAUCCCUUGCAAUGCAUAGCAGUUGUAGACCAGGCUGUAUGGCCACAUUAUAAUGCACAUACUCUGUUCAUGUGGAGCAAUGGUGAGGUCCAACAGAUACAGCUGGGGCCUCCAACAUGCUCUAGAACCCCCUCACCUCCCAUCCUCUGCAGCGCCCAGGGGGUUCUGUGGCAAACAUGCAAAAGGGUUCCUCUGCAGACAAACCUAUGUGGAAAGGAUUCCCAGAAGGUAGAAAGUUUGACCAUCACUGUUGAAUCUCUCCAAAAUCCUGAGAAGAUGGAAGCGAUGGCUAGCCCAAGAUUCAUGACGCAGCAGGAAUCGGAAUGUAGAUUUUGUCCUGUCCAACCAACUCUGCUUCAAAUUAGCUGCCUCUUCCUGCAGCCGAGUAGUUGGCUGAACAGCCAACCCCUUUUGAAUUGGAGUACAUGCCUAAGUCACCUGAUUAAAAAAAUUUCAAUAGCAUGAUGAUACUCUAGAACUGGGCCGGGCCAGGGUGUAUCUGGGACAAGGGAGUUCCAUUGUGUUCAGUGUGGUCUUGAAUGAUCCUUAGUGCUGGAGGGUCUGCAAUUAAAACCUGCUCUUUACCGCAUUAUAAGGCAAGCUGAAAUCCCUUUUGCUGGCAGAAGAAACAAAUUCAUAAUCCUCUUAUAUGUAUAAUAUAGGGGAAACUACAGCCACCUGUUAGCCAGUGUAUUAUUCUGUGGACAUUCCUGCAUAACCAUUCAUUGGCUCCAUGUGACCCUUCCCUAUCUCUGGAACACUUCAGUUCCGGAGACUGAACACAACACAACGAGGAACAGUCUGGUAUACUGAGGGCAUCCAUGCACCCACUUUGGCAUGAUCUCCAUUCCUUACAGGGGAUUCCAUCACAAGUCCUAUUACCAAAUGAAGUUGCCCAUCCGCAAAUGGAAGUUGCAUCCUGAGCUUGGAUCCAGUGGCCCUUUGUUCAAAGGAAGUGAAUAAAGAAUGUGUUUAAUUAUGCAGCAGUCGAUAGACAACUCAAAGGGAUGAGGCGUCUCUGUUGGGGGAGCUUAGCUUUCAGGACCACAGAUCUGUUUUCAUUCUCGGCAGCAUUUUGAAGUGCGCGAGUGUCCAGAUGUUCAGUGCAGCCAGCCAACUGUGUAGUGUUUGCUGUGUGCUGUAGCAGUAUUGUGCCGUGAAUGUUACUAGCAUGGAGUAAUAAGAACCCUGGCUUCUCGCCCCCCACCCCCACCAGCUUUUCAUUUCUUUUCUACCCUCACUACAUUGCACUGCAUAUUUCAACCUUGCCAACUGAAAAAGUGCCACUUGCCAAUGGGAAUGCUGUGUAUACUAAAGGCUGCCAGUAGGCAAGCUUAGCUGCCCUCUGCUAUCCCCGGCUACAAAAUGUAUGCUAAGAAACCUUGAUUUUGCAGUAGAUACUAGAGUCUAAGAAGCUAUCUCCAACAGGAAUGCUAGAAAAAUUUACGAGGAGGAGCUCUGGGAUUUGCACGUUCCUAUCUCGGCAAGAAACGCACCUCUUACAUUUCAUUUCCUGUUUGAAAGAGCGUGAAAAGGACAUUUUCCUGGGGAAUACGCUUGGAGGGUCUUAGAAAGUGUGUGAUAGACAUUUUUUUCCUGCCAGACAGGCCAUGGAGGUUAUGACACAGAAAGAUGCAGAAAAUGGAGGCAUUGCCAAAGAAUAAUUGUUUCUCUGGAUAGAGGCAAGGAAGAGUACUUAAGCUAGGCAAACAGUUCGUCUUGUGUUGCAGCAUUUCCUGAACUAUACACUUCAGACUCCUAGUGGGUCAAUAAAAGGUGCGAUAGAAUAUUUCCCUCACUGAAAUCCUCCCUUGCACAUAGGAAACAGAUUAAAGUAGGUCAAAUAAAUGUUGGCCCAUGAUUAGCUGUCUUAAAUUAAUUCAUUUAAUUCAAUAUAUAGGGGAGGCUGGAUAGGAGAACUAGGGGAAAGAGAUGUUAACCAUAUUCCCCCCCCAAUACUGGGAAAGUAAUCGGAGAGUGAUUUAUAUCAUUGGACUGAGUGGAUAUGUUAUUGGGGGUUAGUUAGUUGGCUAGACUAAAUUAUGGGUGGUAAAAGGUUGAAUAGUGUUGGUGUCUUGAUAGAUUUCUUUCUUUAAGGGGAAGGGUUCAGGCUCUAGAGUUUAUAUGGGGGAGCAUUCAGUCAUGUCCUCCAUGUGCAGUCCGAAGUGCUACAGUCCAGGGACAAUUUUUACCACAUGAUGAGCUGUUUGUCUAGUGUAGGUAUCCCCAUCCUUGGGUUUCCAGAUGUUGCUGGGCUACAUCUCCCAUCAUUCUCAAUCACAAUGGCUGAAGGCCACUAGAGUUGUAGUCCAAUAAUAUCGGUAAACUCAAGGGUGGGAAUCCCUCCUCUAGACCAUGCAUAUAAGUGACAAACCCCGAAGAUACGGGGGCGGGGGGGGGAGAGAAAGAGGUGACAAAGAGGGAGACCGCCUUUCUUUGAGACCAGAUUAAGGAGCGUCAAAAUAUGUGAUAGCAAAGGCCCAGCUCAGAAGCACAGAAGACUGACAAUCUAAAGAACUGGGUGGAGUGAUGCACAUCCUGGGUGAGAAAAUAAGGCGAUAGCACACAGGGGUGUUCUAGAAACCACACGAGACAAUUAGUCAACCACUAGGUUGCUUUGACUACUCCUUUGCUCAUGUGACAGGGUGGAACAUAGGUCGUUUCCUUAUACCCGGUUAGAGAGUUGGCCCAUCUAGCCCAGUACUGUGUCUACACUGUCUGGCAGCUGUUCUCCAGAGUUUCAGGCAAGAGUCUUUUCCAGCCCUACCUGGAGAUGCUAGGGACACAGUCUGAGACUUUCUGCAUGUAACUGAGAUGCUCUAUCACUGAGCUAUAUAGCAUCUCACUCUACAAAAAAUACUUUUAAAAGGAUGGAGUAUUUUAAUUUAAAGAAAAUCAGUGUUGGCGAGAACACCCAGGAAGAUUCACAAAACGCAGGAUUGCAAAAAAGUAGGAAAAGUUUUUAUACACACACACACUCCUACCGUUGCCUCUCUUGUUUGUUUAUGGAAAAUAGUGUAAGGUAUGCUGAUGGUUAACUACUCAAUGCCAAAUGCCCAUAGGAAAGCACCUGCAAUGCUAAUGCACAUGAAUGAUGUGAACCCAGAACAAAAGGCAUGGUAUGACGAGAGCUGGUCUUGUAGCAAGCAUUAAUUGUCCCCUUUACUAAGCAGGGUCCACUCUGGCUUACAUCUGAAUGGGAGACUACAUGUGAACACUAAGAUAUUCCCCUUAGGGGGUGGGGCCACUGUGGGAAUUGCAUGCUUGCAUGCAGAGGGUUCCAAGUAACCUCCCUAGCAUCUCUGAGAUAGGUCUGGGAGAGACCAGCAAAAAGUCCUUGCAGCUGGGGAUUCUGGGAGUUGUUAUCAACAUCUGGAAAUCCCUGUUAGAGGGAACACUGCUCCAGCUUGCAACUUUGGAGAAGCUGCUGCCAAUCUGUGUAGACAAUACUGAGCUAGAUGGACCAAUGGUCUGACUGGGUAUAAGGCAGCUUCCUAUGUUCCUAAUUCAGGAAGAGUGCAGGUAGAUUGUCAGCCUGAGCAUACAAAUCUCACUGAUCCCUUAAAGGGAGUAGCUUUCAAACUGUUCUCUAAUCUGAGAUUCCUCAGAAGGAAUUGGGUUUCUCAAGGAGAAGAUUGGUAAAGGAAGCCACAAAAGACAGCUUCUUUACCACUACAGUGCCUUUCCUAUGAUGUGCAACUGCAGAAGAAUGUUGGGUGGGUUUGAGAAUGCAAUUUGUGUGGGGCCUGGACAGUUUCUCACAAUAACUGUAUGUGCCCUAGAAUAUGCCUGCAGAAGCUUCUGCAGAUGUGCUGGGGUCCCUCUAUAAUGGGUAGGCAACCUCAGCUGUCCAGCUGUUGAACUGCAUUCGACCCCAGCAACAAUAAGUUGUGGCUGGGGAUGAUGGGAGUUGUAGUUCAACUACAGCUGGACAGCCAAGAUUGCUUACCUCUGGUCUACAGUGUGGAAAAGGUUUCCUUUCUGUAGAUUGUUUGGGAACCACCGUCUCUUAGUAGAUGCACUCUGCCCUGGGGAAGCUACAGAACCUGUCCGAUACAGGAAAGUUUUCAGUUCAGUCUUAGAUGGCUCUCAGUCAGCGCAGCAGAAGGCGAGGAUAACUUCGCUGCAGCAUCAGUAGGGAGCCUGAAGAGUGACCAUCUGUUCGGAAUCUCUGCCUACAAUCCUCCCAAGCUUUGCCAUGCAGCUGAGACAUUUCAGCAUGGUUCUCAUGCAACAGCCUGAGCAGCAUCCCUGGCGGAAAGUGGUGCUUUUCCAGACUGUAUGUGCAUGAAGCACGCUGUAAAAUGAUAUCCCAAGCAAAGACUGUGCCGUGCUUUACAGUGUGUAUCAAUAAACUAAGAACCAGUGUUUAA